AUGGGCAAGGGGCCUCUGGAGAGAAAUCUCCAUUUUGAGAAGAAAAAUCAGGGCCUCAUCAAGCUCCCCAGAUAUGCCAAAGUCGAAAAACGACCUGUCCCCCAUGCGCCAGUCGCCUCGCCCUACGCAGGCCCGUCCGUACCCAAGAUUGUUUAUGUCUCGAGCAAGACACCUUUCAUGAGCGCGGUCAAGCGCGUCCAGAAACUACUCCGCCAGGCGGAGAAGCGCGCGACCGCUGGUAUCAGUCUCGAGGAUACGCAGAAAACAGAAAAGCAGAAGUUUGCAGAGCUCUCUAAGGCUACUGAGACGCGAGAGGAAAUAUUCGUGAAAGCUACUGGCAAGGCGAUUGAGAAAGCCCUUAAUGUGGGCAAGUGGUUUGAAGAGAAGGAGGCCGAGAUGAAGAGAAGAGAAGAACGAGAGAUGCGCAAACAGCAGCGACAAGAAAAGGCUGACAACGCCGAGGAAAAGACUUCCGCGAACAAGAGGAAGCGCGAGGUCGCGAAGGUAUCCGAGGAUGAGGAGCUACCUGAGACUCGGACUAGGUGGAUCAAGAAAGUCGAAGUGGCUAUCAGCUUCAAGUGA